AUGUCUUCUUCGUCAGCAGCACAAUCCACCGCCAACUGCGCUGGGGCGCCAUAUAUCCCAAUUGAAGAGAGAUGGGAGCGUAACCUCCUCCUCAUCCUUGAACGCGAGGAGAGGGAGAGGGAGAGGGAGAGGGAGAGGGCGGCUUUGGACCAGGGCCCGAGUUUGCAAGAGAUUGAGAGGGCGAAGGUGAUGGUCCUGAACGGGGGCAGUAGGGUCCGGUUCUUUGGGGGUUAUAGGGAGCGGGAUGCGUCUGCGGAGCCUUAG